UGUCUUGCUGCUCUGCCAGAGAGAACGGGGAGAUUGAAGAAGAAACAGGUUUUUGUCGGGAGAGGGAGAGGACUCCUUUAGAUCGAGAGUGAAUCACAAAUCCGCAAGAGGGAGUUCAACCGAGGCAUAUGGGGCUUGUCCCAUUCAACUGAUACUUCAAAAUAUAGACAGACACGUGUGACACCUACACGCGGCAACUUCCCUGGCAGACAGAUUUUUAAUAAUAAUAUUUGACCAAUUAAUACAGCGUGUGUUAUAAAUAUACUCCAUUAUAAGAGGAUUGACGGACGCAAUUUCAUUUUUAUCCAGACUGCAUGGUCAUACUACAAUAAACUAUGAACGCUCUGGUUUUAUGUGACGUUCAAUAAAACGGAACGAAGUGGCACAAAGAAGAGCCGUCGACAACUUUGGUCAGUUUCUGUCGUCCUCCUUCGCUACAGAUAAGGUAUACAAAUGCUCUCCGUUCAGCCGGACACCAAGCCAAAGGGCUGCGCCGGCUGCAACCGGAAGAUCAAGGACCGCUACCUGCUGAAGGCCCUGGACAAGUACUGGCAUGAGGACUGCCUGAAAUGCGCCUGCUGCGACUGCCGGCUUGGCGAGGUGGGCUCCACACUGUACACCAAAGCCAACCUCAUCCUCUGCCGGCGUGACUACCUCCGGUUGUUUGGCGUGACGGGGAACUGUGCGGCUUGCAGCAAGCUCAUCCCGGCCUUCGAGAUGGUGAUGCGAGCGAAGGAGAAUGUCUACCACCUGGACUGCUUCGCCUGCCAGCUCUGCAAUCAGAGGUUUUGUGUGGGAGAUAAAUUCUUCCUGAAGAACAACAUGAUCCUGUGCCAGACUGACUACGAGGAGGGGCUGAUGAAGGAGGGCUACGCGCCCCAAGUCCGCUGACAUCUCCUGACCGCGAGAGGGACGGGACGGUGGGGGGCUGAAUCCGACAUGAAAAUGAAGACUAACUAACGGAGCACCUGCAAUCAGAUGCCAAAAGCACUAAAUUCCUCUCCAGCGCCCAUCAUCACAUGUACAUACCCAACAGAACCCUCCAGCGGGACUCCAGUGUACAGAAUAGCCAUAGACUCUGAAGGUUUCUUUUUUUCGUGGGGAGAGGGGGGAGAGCCCCUUUAUAAUGUGACAGUCGAUAGUGAACGUUUUGCUCUUUCAUGAAGAUGCUGCCUCCCUCCUGCCACCAACACAAGCCUUAUGGAGCCAGCCAGCCCCAUCAGCCAACCCCCCUCGAAAGACCACCAGACUCUCCGCUCCAUAUCACCACAACUGCGAAAAAUUCCCAUUUCUUUCCUGGACUGAGGACCCUCAAGUAAAAAAAAAACAAUCAAUGUAAAUGGCUGAAAUAAAAAAAUAAAAAAAACACACACAUUUGCAAGCAGGGUGCCAGGUCAACAUAAGAUCUCAGGUUGAAUGGGUUUCUUUUUCUCUCUGUCUUUUUCCCUCGCAAUGGCAAUGUCUACUAACCUGCUGCCAUCACUGAAACACAGUAUUUAACUUUCUUGAGACUUGUCUUUACGAUCCCCAGUGCAGACUGGACUCAGAAAACAGAUCAGUACCAUUCUAGUGCAACAAAUUAACAUUUUCAGUAAGCUUUGUCUGCCUUUAAGUUAACAAAUGGCCUCAUAAAGGCUUGAGAGAGUGUGUGUGUGUGCGUGUGUGUGUUUGUGUGUGCGUGUGCAUACACACAAAGCAAGAGAAGAGUUGAAGUGUGUCCCUUAACAGCAGGUUGGUGAUGGCAGAGGUGGGAGGGGCCUGGGGAGGAAGUGUGGGUGGAGAACUCUUUUUGUACAAUGUAUUUAUUUAAUAUGCUUUCAGUGAUCACUUAGUCCUCUAAGGCCUCACUCCCAAUGUGUUUAUACUUGAAUUCAAUCACUGAUCAAUCACUGACGACACAUUUUGACAUGAGUGUUGUAUUGUACCUUUUCUGUUCUUACUUUCGUCGAUGUCUCUUACGGCGCUCAGGCCACAUUUGUCAAGCAAAAUGCCAAUGUGGUUGCCUUAAGACACCGCUGGUCACCUGUUCUGGAGGGGUAAAUGUCACCUUAAAUCCCUGGCUCGAGAGGUCACCUUUCCGGUGGGAUGCCAUUUCGUUGUUGACACAAGUCAGCUGGCAAACUUGGAAAAAGAGCUGGCUACUGUGCAACCUGUAGGCAACAGCAGACCGCCAUCCUGGUGACGACAGGCAACGAUCACGCGCUUCAACCCUGCGGGUACAGAGCAGGAGAAAUUAUAGGAAUAUGAACUGAUUUGUAAAUCAUGGUUGUACAUAAAGAAAAUAUUCCUUUGCUUGCUGUUGUAUAAUGAUUUCUUUUUAUGUGUCAUUCAGCAUGAGAUGUUAUUUUAGAGCAACGCUUGUACAUACUGUAUUGUAAUCAUUUUAAGCACAAAUGUAAUACAGUUUUAUUGUGUUAA